AUGGCCGAGCGGCGCGCGGGCGCCAAGGGCCGGCGCUUGGGCUCCAGCCGGCGCCGGCAGCUGCGGGAGCCGCCGGCGGAGCCCCGCGCGGAGCAGGAGGUGCCGGACUUCCCGCGGGUGCGUGAGCAGGAGCACGGGGCGUUCGUCCCCCGCGCCGACCUGCAGAUCAUCCCAUCCCAUCCCACAGCAGGGCAGGCGCUGGGCUCGCAGCCGGUGACCCACGAGCACCACACGCYGGGAACGGCCUCCCCGGAGGAGCGCCCGGGCCCCGGCGCAACCUCAUCCGAGGGGGUGGAUGGCGAGGGGCACRAGCACUUCAGUGCUUUCAUGGAGCAGCUGGGCAUGGAUGACGUCCUGGAAGACCGGGAACUCUGGGAGCUCUGGGAGAAGCUGUGGCAGGACAAGCCCUGGCUCCUGGGCAACCUGGAGGACUUCUUGGCCAAGAUGAGGUGGCGCAUCCAGGAGGCCAAGAGCGAGAGGGAGGCCUUGGAGGUCCUCCUGAACCAGCGCGUGGCCGAGCACAGCAGGGAGGUGCAGCAGCUCUGCGAGGCCCUGGAGCAGCAGAUGCGCCGGGAGACGCAGCGGCUGGAACAAGAGAGCUCGGCCCGGAGCCUCCAGCAGGGCACGGAGCUGUGGCAAGCACUGGACCUGCGCGAGAGCCAAGUGCAGCGGCUGCUGUCAGCGCAGGCAGAGCUGGAGACGCGGUGCCGCAGCCUGCGCCGCUCGCGCGACGCCGCCGGCACCGAGAAGCAGCGCCUGGAGCGGAGCAACCGGCGGCUGCAGGAGCGGCUGCAGCGCGUCCGCCUGCAGCUCCGCGACACCCAGGGGCGCCUGCGCGCAGCUCGGGACGCCGCGGCGCGCACCGCCGGGGACGUGUCGGGUUUGGAGGGGCAGCGCAGGGGUUUAAGCGUGCGGGCGCUCGCAGAGGCCGCGGAGCUCGCGUUCACGCUGGGCAGGACCGUGGACGCGGGUCUGGGACCUCUGGGUGCAGCUCAGCCCCAGGAAGGGAUGCCAGGACAGAUGGUCGCUUCCAAGGCACGUGUGAUUCCUAUGGGACACGUCCCAACACGAGGGACUCAGGCACAUGACGAGGCCACCCCUGGUGCUGGGACUCCUGAUCUGGGAGCAUCGCAGGGAGCCUUUGCUGGCGUCUCUAGCCAGGUGCUAGAGAGGACCCAGGGAGAAGGGGCUCAUGCGUGUUCACCACCAAGGGAGGCGGCUCUGAAAUCAGAAAACCCUCCAGCCAAAAUCAUGCAUCCAGAAUUGUUGACUCAGGCGUGGGGGGCUUUGGAUGGGGACGAAAUCCAGGGAAGAGGUGCUGAUCUAGAGGUGUCUUCACUGGAGGCUCCUAAGGCCGAAGUCACGUGGGGGGACGGGGCCAGCGCAGAUGUGCUGGAGGAGCCUAAGGAAGUGAUGAGGAGGCAGAACACCAGCCCUGCUCCGUACCCGUCCAACACCCGCGGAGCAGAAAGGCUGCAGGGAGAGGGGACUGAUGCAGAGGUGAGGCCUCCUGAUGGAGCCUGUGAUCUAGAUGUGGAGCAGGGGGCAAACCAUGARGCGGGCAAGCGAUUUUGGGGCCAAAUGGAAGGUUUCCAGCUAAAGCAGGGCGGUGAAGCUGGCACAGCCUCACGCAUUUCAGAGAUGCCGUUACCAUCCAGGGGGAGAAGGCAGGCAACACUGAUGCAAGAGGAUGUUCUCAUUCCAGAUGUGACCCCGCUAGGUGCUUCAGGACAGGAGCAGGUCUCAACACAAGCAGAUAAGGUGAGGCCAGAUGUUGCUCCCGAGCAGCUGCUGCCRAAGGAGAAGCUGCUGCAGGUGAUGGAAUUGGAGCAGGCAGCUGCUGAACCUCCAAAAGGGGAGGUGGCACCAGUGUCUACCCUUCGGCCGAGUGUCCAAUGCAAGGACAACAUGGGGAGCAAUCCCAUGGGGACACCUGGAGAGAGCCCGCUGAGGGACACAGCCAAUAGUGGGGUGCAGCCUUYAGCACAACUCGCAGAAGAACAAAGAAGUGGUCUGGAUGUUGGCCAUGGGAUGGUCAAUGGUCACUGGGAUGGGAAACAAGAUGUUGGGCUGAAAGCAAGUCAGGAAGCAAAGCYCAGACCAGAACAUUCAGGGGCCACGCUGGUCCAUGGGGCAGCACCUGCUCCAAGAGGCUCUCCUGAAACCUGCCCUGAUCCAGAUCACCUCUACAACGUGCUGUUUGUGGGGGACUCCCAUGUGGGCAAGACAUCGUUCCUGUACCGGUUACACGCCAACUCCUUCAACCCGCAUCUGACUGCUACAGUAGGGCUGGAUUACCAGAUCAAAAACCUUAUUGUGGACAACAAGCUCUUCACUCUCCGCCUGUGGGACUCAGCUGGGCAAGAAAGGUACCACAGCAUCACCAAGCAGUUUUUCCGGAAGGCAGACGGUGUCGUGCUGAUGUACGACGUCACCUCSGAGUAUUCCUUUGCGGAUGUGCGCUACUGGCUGAGCUGUAUCCAGGAGGGAGCAGAAGACGGAGUCACCAUUCUGCUGCUGGGGAACAAAACGGACUGCACUGCGGAGAGACGGGUCCCAAGAGCAGAAGGGGAGCGCCUGGCUCAGGAGCAUCAACUUACCUUUUAUGAAUGCAGUGCUGCCUCGGGCCACAAUGUCCUCGASUCCAUGGUCAGUCUAAUCAGGUUACUCAAAAUCCGUGAAGAUCAACUGAAGACCAAGGUAGAAGAGGAACCAAAGCCAGCUCGGAAGAAAUGGGGCUGCUGCUGA